AUGUGUAACCAUAUAUAUGCUUUUUUGACUGAUCCAUUAAAGGGGAAGAAGGAAAUCAUCCAACCAUGUGCGUUCCCUGAAGUCUUCUUAACUCUGGGAGCCCCUGGAGAUAACCUUGUGAUCCCACUGAGCCCAAGACCUGGCAGACCCCUGUCCUUAAACCUAAACCUUGUUCCAAAGGAAGAUGCUAGAUCCAGGCCCUGCUCUUCAAACAAUGCAAGUCCCAGAAAAACACGCUCAAGACCAUCAUCUCCCAACCCAGGAACAAGCAAUAAAGCUCCUCCUGAUGCUUUAUUAUCACUUGAACAGGAAAGGGUUGUGGCCAAUCGAAGAAAUAGAGAUGAGGAUUGUUUUUCCCUGAUUGAAAAGGCUCACACACCCCAGCUGCAAAAAAGGGUGGUGCAAGGAGGACAUAAAAGAAAAGGAGAUACCGGAAAUAGAAAGGAGAAAGCACAGCAUGGCAAGGGAAAGAGUGGAGGGAAAAAAAAGUAG